AUGCUCGUAAAUCUCAAAGUGCCUGAUGAGAUCGCUAAUACAAUGAGAGGUUCAUACGAGAGUGUUGUACAGCUUGAGGCGAAUAAUAAUGUAGCAAAUGAUGGAUAUGCAGCCCCAAUAUUUUGCACUGGGACCCGUGGAAGGCCUUCUUAUGAAAUACCGAGGGAACAACUGUCUUUCUUAUUGGACCAAGGGUUCAAGGUAUCGAAAAUCAGCGUUAUGCUGGGAGUUGAUCAGAGGACUGUUGAGAGGAGAAUGUCGGCGUUUGGACUGAGUGUUUCAGGUGAUAUUUAGAUUUUUUUUCUUUUGUUAGAGAAGGGUUUUCGACAAGCAUCACCGAAAGGUGAUUUUAACUGGGAUGUCAAAGGCAAUUUUUCCUGGGCGAUGGGUGGCUGUAUAAACAGUCAAGCCACCACAUAACCCUGUCGCUGACCGUUGCGUGACCUAGCAUCUCAUGUGAGAGUUUAAAAACAUAAACUCAUUUGAAUAUUGUACCCUUUUGGCAGACUUUCGUAACAAGAAAAAUGAGUACCAUUUAUUAGUAGGGGCUGUAUAGUAACUUUUCAAAUUCCACCAUUAUGAAAAGAAGUAAGUAAAUUAGCCAUUCCAAGUGGGAAACAAUAAACGUUAUAUUCACGCACCCCUCCCCCAAUCCCUCUGUCCCCCAAAAUAAAGUGUGACAGUAUAACGUGACUAAUGCGAAGUAACCGCAAAUUCCAAAAAUUUAUUGUCACUCUAUGGGUCAUAAAACAGCGUUAACAAGCAGUACAUUUCUCAACUCUGGUUCUUAAACCUAACAAAGCAAAUUAAAAUUUGAGUUUUGCUUUUGACUGAUAUUGCGUUUAAAGCCUUUCUAACUGUCCUAGUUGCACCGUAUGUUACUUUACCAACUGGUUUAAACAUGUAUAUGGUUGCAGUUAAUUUUUUAUCUCCGAUAAUUUUUGUUUUCCCUUUGUUUUUGUACUGUAUGCUAAUGAAGUUUAAUUGAGGAGAAAAUAAAAAUUACCUGAAAUGAAAAAUUAACUACAAUAUAUACAUUGUAUACCUUUUCAAAUUUCAGGUACAUAUAGUAAGUGAAGUGAUGAACAAUUAGAUAAACUAUUGAGAUGUGCACAACAGUCUCAUCCUAAUAUUGGUAUAAGGAUGGCUAAAGGCUUAUUACAGAGUAAUGGGCAUUGUGUACAAAGCGAGAGGAUAAGGCAGUCGUUUUUAAGGACAGAUCCCAUUGGAGUAAUGCAGCGAUGGAGGGAUGCAGUAAGAAGAUGCCGAUACAAUGUCCAAUGUCCUUUGGCUCUUUGGCACAUAGAUUGA